CGAGAAUUUUGUUAUAGUUUUGAUUAAUUAAGAAAUACAAGGGCCGAAAAAGGAAGGGUCCUAUCUUCGGAAGAUCUAGACUGAUCUUCGGAACUCUUCGGUUUUGUUAAAGGUACUCUUAGCCAAUCACAAUGCAGGACUGGAAUUCGUCUGUAGCACUCCGGAAAUCCCCUGAACUCGUCCACUAGCAAAACUGGCUGGUGAAAAAAAAAAUUCAGAUAGUUUCUCCACGAUGGAAUGGCACAGAAUUGUGGCCAUUUUCCGUUCAUUUGUUGUAGAGUCGGUGUGCUCGAUGCUCUUUGUUUUAAUUGGGUGUGGUUCAACAAUCACCUGGCCUCAAAAAGAAACAAGUCCAAGCAUCCUGAGUGUGUCUUUGUGUUUUGGAUUUUCAUGCACAUUUUUGCUGAACAUCUCGACCUGUUUAAGUGGCGGGUUCUUCAACCCAGCGCUAACUGCUGCUUUAGCUGCCAACAAAACUCUAUCAGCGAAGAAAGCCUUGUGCUACAUAGCAGCGCAUCUAAUCGGAGCCAUUAUUGGAGCAGGCCUUCUUUAUGUCAUUGUUCCUUAUGAGAACCAUGGUCUGUUAGGAGUGGUGCAGGUUACACCAGUGUCUCCUUUAGUUGGGUUCGGAGUGGAGUUGCUGAUGACAUUGGCUCUGACAUUAACUGCAUUGUCAUGUACAGAGGGAGGACAAACAACAGUUGAUCAUCCAGCUUCCAUUGUGAUAGGACUGGUUGUUACUGCAUGUCAUUUGUUUGAGGUAUACCCAGUGACUGGAUGUGGAAUUAACCCAGCUCGUGCCUUUGGCCCUGCUGUUGUGGCAAACAGGUGGACCAACCACUGGGUUUACUGGUUUGGCCCAAUCAUUGGUGCGCUUCUAGCAACAGGAAUUCACCAUUUGGCAAACAACUUUCCUGUCACUACUGCAGAUGAGCUUGUCAUCACAGAGCAAGAACUUAACGACAGAGCAGAACCAGACAAGAAAGAAGACACUGGACAAACACCAAGAAAAUACAACAUACAAACACAGACUCCUUAUGAAUUGAAGACAACUGUGUAAUAUAUUUAAGAAGAGUGAUAUCACAGACAUUGACCUGAGUUUUCAUGAUUGUUGUGUGCUAUUUGUAUUUUUAAUAUAUUUGGAUUUGCAACAAGUACAAAAUAUAUUUUAGCUGGAAUCUCUUCACUGAGACCUGACAACCAGAAUUACAGUUUUUGUCAUAAGUUGCUUAACCACAGACUCCUUCUACUUUUGAUGUUUCCUCACUUUUGUUAGUAAGUUUGAAAUAAGCAAAUAAAAAUGUUGCUAUUGCUAACCUUCAAAAAAGUCAACACCGAUAGCAGAAUAAUAAUAAUUAUUAUUGUACUUUGUUUUAAGUAUUUGAAUGUUUAUUCACUUUGAAAUAAAAAAUGUUGCUAUUUUAAGAAAAUAAUCAUAUUUAUUGGUCUUGAUGUUCCGACCUUUCCACUGCUAAAGUUUACACAAACUGCAGAAAACAUUUAUCUUACAUGUAAUAUUAUUUAGCUGCAGACCAUAAUACAUAUUAUACAGUUUGAGAAGUUGUAUUUAUAUAUUGAAAAAACACUAUCUAUUGUAAAAACAUAAGUAUUUUUGUUUCUUUACACCAAUAAUUUGCUACAUUAAAUUGUAAGACUUUACAUAGUGUCCUCAUUUGGAAAUUAAAUCUGUGGAGGGAAAG